CGCACAUCAAACGGUCCUUUAGCAACCACAAGCCGGAUUCGAAUCACCUGACUUUACUUGCGUUCAAGUGUCCAGAAGAUUUAGCAAGCGACCAAACACCGAAAGUUUAGCACUAUGCAUCCGGCGCGUAGAGCCUACGUGGAGGAGGCCGAGCCUGAGCAGGAUCGCGGAGGUAUGGAUCUAGACUCCGUCCCCCUCGAUCGCGACUACGACAUCCCCGGUGCUGGGGCUGGUAUUGCCCCAGAGAAGGCCUCCGUUCUUCUUUCACAGUUCGAACGAAAACGAUUAGCGGCCUCGAUUGCUGUUCCUACCGACGAUGGCCGGGUACGAGCCAAAUUGCGAGAGAUGGGCGAGCCUGUCACCCUCUUCGGCGAGGGUCCGGCAGACAGACGCGACAGAUUACGAGAACUCAUGACACAACAAGCCGAGAAGGGAGGCCAGGAAAGUGCCGAUGUGGAGAUGCGGGACGCCGAAAACGAGGAAGAUGAAGCCGGCGACCAAGAGGAGGAAUUUUACACUACUGGAAGCCCGGAACUGCUCCAGGCCCGCAUCGACAUCGCUCACUACUCAAUCCCGAGAGCCAAGAAGCGCAUCGAGUUCCAGAAAAAGGAGUCCACCAUCCCACUGCGGACACAUGUCAAACACCGAAAAGAGAUCAAGGAGAAGCUUCAUGGAUUUGAAUUGCAAGGCAGUCAAACGGCAGGAGAGCGGCACAUCAGCAUGACAAGGAUCUCGCCUGAUGGAAACAUGGUCGCGACUGGCAAUUGGGGCGGACAGGUUAAACUCAUCGAAAUCCCAACCCUUGAGCCAAGGAAGACUUUGAGGGGCCACACCAACAAAGUCAGCGGCCUAUGCUGGAUGCCUGGAGCUACACUGCCUGAGCGCAAUGUUUCUCCCGACACAGUCAAUCUCGCUUCUGGAGGAGCGGAAGGCCAGAUCCAUCUCUGGUCUUUGAACCAAGACACCCCUUUGAGAACUCUUUCAGGACACUCGCAACGAGUAUGUCGUGUAGAGUUCCAUCCGUCGGGCAAGUAUUUGGCUUCUGCCUCAGAAGACACCUCGUGGAGGAUGUGGGAUGUUGAAACCGGCACCGAGCUCCUUCUCCAGGAAGGUCACUCUCGCGGUGUUUACGCUGUCAGUUAUAACAGUGACGGAUCGCUACUCGCUAGUGCGGGUUUGGACAGUAUUGGAAGAAUCUGGGAUCUGCGGACAGGACGGACUGCCAUGAUUCUAGAUGGGCAUCAGGACGGCCAUAUCAAGCCUAUUUAUGGUUUGGACUGGGGCUCGGACGGUUACAGGGUGCUCACGGCGUCUGCUGAUGGUUGGAUCAAAUGCUGGGAUGUUAGAAAAGUGGAAAGAAUUGGAGGCAUUGGUGCCCAUACAAGUGCAGUGGCCGACGUGCGGUGGUUUAAGGGUUUGGAUGACCCGUUGGAAGGAGUGCCUCCUGGCGAAGAUGAAAAGGGAAUGCAAAUUCCCAAGAAAUCUGGCACCUUUAUGGUGUCGGCAGGCUUUGACCACAAGGUGAACAUAUUUUCCGCUGACGACUGGGCCUUGGUUCAGUCUCUCAGCGGCCACACAGGGCCUGUUGCGAGUGUUGACGUUAGCCGGGAUGGAAAAUGGAUUGUAAGCGGUGGCCAUGACCGGACGGUCAAACUUUGGGGAAGAAACGACUCCAGGAGCUUGUAUGAUUCCUGAGCAGACAUCAAUCUGUACGCGACAAGAAUCUUGUCGUUGCCUCUUACAUAGGAGCAACACACCAAGGAGGGCGUUCAGCAAGCGACAGGCCAGGGCUUGGCUUACCGCUCCACGAGAGACAGUAUCGGCAGAUAGAUUGCAUAGAAGCCGUCUCAAUUUUGUAGAUCAACAACCACAACUGGGUGCCCAUAAC